AUGCCUCCUCCUCCGCGGUUACGCGCCAUCGCGACGUGGCUGAUCCUCGCGUGCGUCUGCGGCGCGGCGUGCUUCCUGCCGCGUGCCCAUGGCGCCAACGAGCAGGGCGAGGCGCUGCUGCGAUGGAAGCGCUCGCUGACGAACGGCACGGGCGCAGCCGCCGCGCUGGGGACGUGGAGCGACUCGGACGCGAGCGCGUGCCGGUGGACCGGCGUGGCGUGCGAUGCGCGCGGCAACGUGGUGUCACUGAUCAUCAAGAACGUCGACCUCGGCGGGACCGUGCCGGCGGGCGUGCUCCGGCCGCUCGCGCCGUCGCUAGAGACGCUGGUGCUCUCGGGAACCAACCUCACCGGCGCAAUCCCCAAGGAGCUCGGUGGGUACGCAGCGCUGACCACCGUUGACCUCAGCGGGAACACCCUCUCCGGCGCGAUCCCGGCCGAGCUCUGCCGGCUCGCCAAGCUCCAGACGCUGGCGCUCAACACCAACUCGCUGCAGGGCGCCAUCCCCGACGGCAUUGGCAACCUCACCGCGCUCACGUCCCUCACGCUCUACGACAACGAGCUGAGCGGCACGAUCCCGGCCAGCAUCGGGAGCCUGAAGAAGCUGCAGGUGCUGCGCGCCGGCGGGAACCCCGCUUUGAAGGGCCCGCUGCCGUCGGAGAUCGGCGGGUGCACCAGCCUCACCAUGCUCGGCCUCGCCGAGACCGGCCUCUCCGGCAGCCUCCCGGACACGAUCGGGCAGCUCAAAAACCUCCAGACCCUCGCCAUCUACACCGCCAUGCUGACCGGCACCAUCCCCGAGAGCAUCGGCAACUGCACCCAGCUCACCAGCCUCUACCUGUACCAGAAUUCUCUCACCGGCUCCGUGCCGCCGCAGCUCGGCCAGCUGCGCAAGCUGCAGACGGUGCUCCUGUGGCAGAACCAGCUCGUCGGCACCAUACCGCCGGAGAUCGGCAACUGCAAGGAGCUAGUGCUCAUCGACCUGUCGCUCAACGGGCUCACGGGCCCCAUCCCGAAGAGCUUCGGCGGGCUCUCCAAGCUGCAGCAGCUGCAGCUCAGUACGAACAAGCUCACCGGCACCAUCCCAUCGGAGCUCUCCAACUGCACGUCGCUCACCGACGUCGAGGUGGACAACAACGAGCUGUCGGGAGAGAUCGACAUCGACUUCCCUAGGCUACGCAACCUGACGCUCUUCUACGCGUGGCAGAACCGGCUCACCGGCGGCGUGCCCGCGAGCCUGGCUCAGUGUGAAGGCAUGCAGUCGCUGGAUCUUUCCUACAACAACCUCACCGGCUCCAUCCCGAGGGAGUUGUUCGCCCUGCAGAAUUUGACCAAGCUGCUGCUCCUCAGCAACGAGCUCUCGGGGUUUAUACCGCCGGAGAUCGGCAACUGCACCAAUCUCUACCGGCUCCGGCUCAACGAAAACCGGCUUUCGGGCACCAUACCUGCCGAGAUCGGCAAGCUGAAGAACCUCAAUUUCCUCGACCUUGGAAGCAACCGCCUCGUCGGCCCUCUGCCGGCGUCCAUGUCGGGGUGCGACAACCUCGAGUUCAUCGACCUGCACUCCAACUCCCUGUCCGGCGCGCUCCCGGACCAGCUUCCACGCAGUCUUCAGAUCGUCGACAUCUCCGACAACCGCCUCACCGGGCUGUUGGGCCCCGGCAUUGGGAGGCUGCCGGAGCUGACCAAGCUUAGCCUCGGGAAGAACCGGAUCUCCGGCGGCAUCCCACCGGAGCUUGGUUCUUGCGAGAAGCUCCAGCUGUUGGACCUCGGCGACAACGUGCUCUCGGGCGGCAUCCCGCAGGAGCUGAGCAUGCUUCCUUUCUUGGAAAUUUCACUCAAUCUCAGCUGCAACCGCCUGUCGGGCGAGAUUCCGUCGCAGUUCGGCAGCCUGGAUAAGCUCGCCUGCCUCGACGUGUCCUACAACCAGCUCUCCGGUAGCUUGACGCCUCUCGCGAGGUUGGAGAACCUCGUCACGCUCAACAUCUCCUACAACGCUUUCUCCGGCGAGCUCCCGGACACGCCCUUCUUCCAGAAGCUCCCGCUCAGCAACAUCGCCGGCAACCACCUGCUUGUCGUUGGCGCCGGCGCUGACGAGAACUCCCGGCGGGCGGCCGUCUCGGCUUUGAAGCUCGCGAUGACGAUCCUCGUUGCGGUCAGCGCCUUCCUCCUCGUGACGGCCACGUACGUGCUCGCCCGCUCGCGCCGCCGGAACAGCAGUGCCAUCAACAGUGGCGCCGCUGAGGCGUGGGAGGUGACUCUGUACCAGAAGCUGGACUUCUCGGUGGACGACGUGGUGCGCGGCCUCACGUCGGCGAACGUGAUCGGCACGGGGAGCUCGGGCGUGGUGUACCGCGUGGAGCUCCCCAACGGCGAGCCGCUCGCCGUGAAGAAGAUGUGGUCCUCCGACGAGGCCGGCGCGUUCCGCAACGAGAUCUCGGCGCUGGGCUCGAUCCGCCACCGCAACAUCGUGAGGCUGCUCGGGUGGGGCGCCAACCGGAGCACCAAGCUGCUGUUCUACACCUACCUGCCCAACGGCAGCCUCAGCGGCUUCCUGCACCGCGGUGGCGUCAAGGGCGCCGCUGACUGGGGUGCCCGGUACGAGGUCGCGCUCGGAGUCGCGCACGCCGUGGCGUACCUCCACCACGACUGCCUGCCCGCCAUCCUGCACGGUGACAUCAAGGCCAUGAACGUCCUGCUCGGCCCGAGCAACGAGCCGUACCUCGCCGACUUCGGCCUCGCACGCGUCCUGUCCGGCGUGAUCGAGCCCGGCAGCUCCGCCGAAUUGGACACGUCCAAGCCACGCAUCGCUGGAUCAUAUGGAUACAUCGCACCAGAGUACGCGUCCAUGCAGAGGAUCACGGAGAAGAGCGAUGUGUACAGCUUCGGUGUCGUGGUGCUGGAGAUGCUUACGGGGAAGCACCCGCUGGACCCGACGCUGCCGGGCGGGACGCACCUGGUGCAGUGGGUGAGGGAGCACACGCAGGCGAAGCGGGCCGUGGCGGAGCUCCUCGACGCGCGGCUGCGCGGCAAGCCCGAGGCGCAGGUGCACGAGAUGCUGCAGGUGUUCGCCGUGGCCAUGCUCUGCAUCAGCCACCGCGCCGACGACCGGCCGGCCAUGAAGGACGUAGUCGCGCUGCUCAAGGAGAUCAGGCGGCCCACCGAUAGCGCCGCCGGUGACGACGGCAAGGAGCAGCCGUGCGGUGCUCAGGCCGAGCAGCGCUCGCCGGCUCCUCGGAGCGCGCUGCCGCCGAUGGGCGGCUCAUCAAACUGCUCCUUUGCCAUGUCCGAUUACUCAAGCUGA